GAAGCAACUGAAACUUCUUUUGUGCCUUGGUCCCUCCAACUUCACUUAACUUCCCUCUAUUCCCUUUAAAACAACAACCCUUCUAUCUCUCUUAAAAAAAAAAGAAAAAACCGAACCAAACCAUUCCAUUCUUUGGUCACAAACCUUCUUCAAUCCAAACCUCAAAAAAAUGCCGAAUCCCUCUCUCUCUCCGACCACCGCUGCCGUUCCAGACGCGGUGGCCCGCCACCACAUCCACGCGGUGUCCCCGCACCAGUGCUGCUCCGCCGUGGUGCAGGAGAUCGCGGCGCCGGUCUCCACCGUGUGGUCCGUGGUGCGGCGCUUCGACAACCCGCAGGCCUACAAGCACUUCGUGAAGAGCUGCCACGUCAUCCUGGGCGACGGCGACGUGGGCACGCUCCGCGAGGUGCGCGUGAUCUCCGGCCUCCCGGCCGCCGUGAGCACCGAGCGCCUCGACGUCCUCGACGACGAGCGCCACGUCAUUGGCUUCAGCAUGGUCGGCGGCGAUCACCGCCUCUCCAACUACCGCUCCGUCACAACCCUCCACCCGUGCUCCGCCGCGGGCACCGUCGUCGUCGAGUCCUACGUCGUGGACGUCCCCCCCGGCAACACCACCGACGACACGCGCGUGUUCGUCGAUACCAUCCUCCGCUGCAACCUCCAAUCCCUCGCCAAAUUCGCCGAAAAUCUCGCCCGAACGACCAAACUGCAUCAUCAACAACGGUGACUUCAAUCUCCAACCCUCAAACUUCAAACACUGUUCGUAUUUCUCUUUUCCCAUUCACUUUUUUUCGGCUUUUCACCUUUUUUUUUUCCUUUUGUAAUUUAGCCAUUAAGUAGCUGUUGUAUACUUUUUGAUUAAUAUCACAAUGUUGUGUGAGGUUGUCACCAGAGAAACACCCCCCCCCCCGAGUUUCUCUUAAUUUUACCCUUGUAUGAUCAUUUUACCGUUUCUCUUUGCUGAGAGAAAGUGAACAAUGAAACAAGGAUUUAUGUAAUGUUAGUGUAAUCUCUGUUCCCUUUGUACUAAUUUCCUUGUCCUCAAUACAAUUGUAGAAACGUUUAUCCAUA